AUGCGCGUCGUAUUCGCCACAGCUUGGUUUGCGCUCCUUACUGCUGGCACCGUCGUCCUCUUUGGCGCUGAGCCGGUGUCAGCAUCAACUACGACCAACUUUGGCGGGCAAGCGUCUCCAGUCCACCUCCGCGAGUCGUCGGGUGCUGUCGAUAAAGCACACAAUGGCAUGAACAUUGUCUCUAAUACGGAAGACCUGAAGGAGCUAAUUGCACAAACAGCAAACAAGCCGUUCGACGAGAUUCAGCGCGAUAUCGAGAAGGUAUUCGAGGACCUCCUAGAGGAGUUGAAGGAGCAGUUUCCCCCACACGACCAAGCGCCGAACCAUGCAGAGCGCAGAGGCAACGUUUCUCUGGUCGUGCGCAAAGCAGAAGAGGCGUUCAUCAAGUUAGGUGUGCAAUAUGGGAUGCCGGAGAAACAGCUUCGGAAGCAUCUCGACCCAAUCAUGAAACACGUCGAGGACAUCGUCGUUAUCAUCGGUCGGUCCACCCCAUACGCCCAUACCAUACGUUACGAUCUCACGUUUUACAGGGGACUCGGCGGAACAACACCCAGUCUUGUUCAAGAUUUUGAUUAUUUCCGGCAUCAUGCUCAUCAUCCCAGAGUCGUGGUUGUUGAACAAGGAGUGGUGUGGCGUAGCUGA